CCAUAUGUGCCAGUGCACCCAUUUCCAUUAACAUGCUGGGAUAAUUGUUGGUACUUGAUUGGAUACUGUAAAAUGCCCGUUCAUGUUACACGAUCCCACUGAAUUGCAUAAAAGCUCAUGAAGGGAUGACGUUACCAGCAAAACAGUAAAAGUAACCUGCACCACGGACUAGGGACCAGACGGCCCAGCUGUUUCCGGUUUAGUUAUCGCUCCCCGUCGUGUUGAACGACGGCACAUCUCUGACAUGGCUAGCAGCUGAAGAGGAGGACGGCUUUCCAAAAAGUUUCCCUGACCGAAUUGUUAGCCUCGGUACUUGUUGAAGCUCUAUUAUUCCGACAGCCGGGACUGGCCUAAAGCACCGUCAUGACGUCUGUUGCCCAGCGGGUUUGGGGAUGGGUGCGCCCGACCCUGUCCUACCGGCCAUGGGGAGGCAAAGCUGGCCCUGAAGAGUGCAUGGGGGAUGACAGUUGUCAUAAGCCCACUAGUGCUAGCGAGGGUUGGGGUGGCAUGGUCUCUUGGGUGUGGGGGCCACCAAAACAGAAGACCUACCACAAGGCCCUGACCGAAGAGUACUGGGAAGCAGCAGAGGACCGGAUACCGCACAGAGAGGUGGAGAACCUGAAAGCAGGCGCUAUGGAGUUUGACAGCAAACCACCGCCCAAGAGCGGCAGCACCUCGCGAUGGUGGAACAGCUGGCUGCCCACUUCCUACCUGCCCUGGCUGAGCUACUCCAAGCCCAAGGCCUGGGGCGAGGGCGUGGUGUGGGACAAGACUGACGGAGGAGUAGGGGGAGACGUGUCUGACUACGACACCCCUCCCCCGUCCCCGACGCCCUUCCAGAAGGCCUCGUCCACCUUCCGCGUGUUCUCUCGCUCGUGGGAAGGCGAGGUGCUGCCCGAGCACUUUGAUAUCUGCUUCAACUUCCUGCGGCACCUGUUCGACCUGUGCGUGGUGGGCCUGCUGUGGGCUGUGUCCCUGCCGUCACGCGUGGUCCUGGACGUGCUGGGGGUGCAGGGCGCCCUGAAGCUCUGGCUGCACGGCAUGGCCAUGUUCUUCGUCUCCACGGUAGGCAUGGCGGCACUGCUCUGGGUGGUGCAGGAGUUCCUGCCCCAGUUCGCUCUGGUCUACGGCAUCGUCCAGGGCCUGGUCAUCUCCGUCAGCGUGCGGCAGAGCGUCAUCACUGGAGGAGGAGAUGGAGGAGACCAGAUGGACGGAAAGCAGAGCGGGGAGCAAGAGGAGCAGCAGAAGCUGGACACACAGCAGGAGGACGAAGGGGUGGUACAAGGGGAGGAGAGGAUCGAGGAGGACUUGAAGGCUGAGAGUCGGGACCUGAAGUUGAAGUUGAGCGUUGAUGAUGGCACCAGAAGGAGGAUUCGGAUGAAGUGACAUGGCGUACAGGCUAGUUGGAUCCCCUCCCCACUCCACUCCAACCACAUGCUUCGUCUUGAGGCAGCCCCCCUGUGCUCGCCCGGGAGCUCUAUGUACUUUAUGUGCCCUGCACUCCAUUUAACUCUCAAGCACACUACACAAACCCAACCCAACCCUAAACCAGACCCAAUGCAACCUCCACACUGGAGCCCUCUGGGAAGAGAAAUGAGGAUUGUUACGUUUGAAGGUGACGUCACUCCCUUACUAGCAACUUUUUUUUGUAAUUUUCAUGGACUGAGGUGUUUUGUACAAAACUGUGAAAUAGCACAUGCACAUCACAUAUUUUGUUUUCACCAACAGGCAGUUCAUUACAUAUUUUUUUCUUGUUUUUAAACAAGACUUUGGACGAGACGCAAGUCUUGGCAAUUGUUACAUGUUACAUACAUCCUACUUUUAAAAAAAGAAAUCUUCCCACCUUAUGAAAUCAUCACCACCACUCACAAAGGUGAACUGAUCAUUUCAUGUAGCACCGUAAGGAUCUCUACGAAAGAGUACAUGGACAACUCUCGAAGAAGGGAAAUUGACUUUUCACAUGAAUUUAAUACUCAAGUGACAUUGGAGACACUACAUCCUUGGUUAUGCUUACAAAAACUAACAUCCUGUGGUACCAGCUCAUUUUUCUGAAUGUCUGCAAAAGACUCCAUUAUAGGUGUGCAAAAAAAGCAUGAUAAACGAUUGUCUUGAUUCUGUAGACACGCAGAUUAUCUUGAACUGUUGCAAACUGUUCUGACACAGAGCCCUGGGCAUCAUUGUGAGCAGCACCUCCCUAAACCAUUAGUGAAAACAAGAGGACGCAACCACUGGCUUGGUCACUUGCAUGUGUCGUCUUGUCCUGCUAUUGCUAUGUGAUAUCGACAUAUUUCACAUCCUUUGUGUGACUCAGUGUGCCUGCAGCCUAUAGUCCACUUCCUGAUUCCAACUUUGUUUCCCAGCGGACAGUGGUAGAAAUGGUAUUUGGGCAAGUUGGGCUGAGGCGGGGUGAUUUGGUGACCUCCUGACCACUUUCGCUGCUGUUGUGCAAACAUGAUGUUUUGUUUUGUCCUGCAGAACUGUCAUGGAAGGUUGCAGUGCUCUGUUGUAUGCUUCAGCCACUAGGAGAUAUUUGAACUUGUCUGCUUUUAUUUCUGUGCAAAAGGCAUCUUUUGGCUUAAUGUUUUUAAGUUUGUUAUUGUGCCAUAUUUCAUCUGCAUGUGAUAACACUAACAGCCAGACACAUCAGAAUGAGUAAUAUAUUCAAUGCUUUCCAAUAAAUUCAAUUUUAUGUAUGUUGAACUUGUAAUACAUCAACUGAUAUUUGUAAAAAACAAAAAAACAAACAAACAAAAAACAUGGUCUUCUUCAUGUGGCCCAUGCGUUCCUUUCCAGCCUCCCUGGCUGAUUCACUGGCUAUGUGCAUUGUUGCAUUGCUAUCAUUGAUAUAUUUACACUAAAUGUUAAGUCACUUAACAUCCUUGUUGCAUAACAAUGUGUACAGUUCACAAACAUUACCUAUAACCAGUUAAAUGCCUCUUUUUGUACUGUUGAUUCCUGCACAUGUACUUUUUUAAAAAUAUAGCUUUAAUGUUAUCUAUAUAUAUAUCGAACUUCUAUGCAUGUUUAGGGCUGUUGUAGCUGUUUUGUGCACAGAACCGAGCUUUAAACUCUUUUUCUAUCUGAAAGUAUUUUGUAAUCCUUUUAUUGUUGUAAUACUCCAAAACCUACUGAAACCUCUAGAAACAUACUGUCAUUAGAUGCCAUCACAGUGGAAUUUGUCAUAAUUACAGUGUAACUGCUCAGAUUAAAUUGAAGAGGUACACAGAUC